AUGGCUUUUUUAUUCAAACGUGACCCCAAAAACCCACCAGAGUUAGUGAGAGCUUUAAAUGACCAGUUAAUCAAGCUCGAUAACACAAACGAUCCUUCGAGUUAUAAAAAAUAUCAAGAUGAAUCAGGGCGAUAUUUAAAACAAAUUAAGGCUAUUAUCUACGGCGAUGAUGAAAACGAACCCCAACAGGAGCAAAUACAAGUACUAUCAACAGAAAUUCUACAAACAAAUAGCUUGUACUUGUCAACAUUCACUUUAAGUAAAUUGGACUUUGAUUCCCGAAAAGAUGUGGUUGUUGUGUACUCGACUUUGUUACGACGAAAUUCAUUGAAUGGUGUCAAACAACCAACAACCACGUCGCUGUCACCCCCUCCAGUUGUUGAUUACCUAGUCCACGCCCAUUCUAAUAUAUUGGACUAUCUCUUGAGAGGUCCCGAACAUCCUGAAAUAGCUCUCGUCACUGGCCAAAUAAUAAGAGAUUGCAUAAAGUUUGAAAGAGUCAAUAAAUACGUUCUAUACAGCCCCUUGUUUUGGAAUUUUUUCAAGUAUGUGGAGACUCCAACUUUUGAAAUUGCUUGUGACGCAAUGAUGACUUUGAAUGAUGUAUUGACUACUCAUAAAAAAUUGGUGUCUGAAUUUUUAGCAAAUAAUUACGAAACAUUCAUGACAAAGAUCAACGGGUUGAUCAAGUCAAGCAACUAUGUCACUAAACGACAAAGCGUCAAACUUCUCAACGAUUUAGUAUCUCAAAAGGCCAAUUAUCAAUUCUUGCAUAAAUACUUUGCUGACACAAAGAAUCUCAAGUAUACGAUGUUGCUUUUGAGUGAGAAACUGAAAAAUCUACAAUUGGAAGGGUUUCAUCUUUUGAAGUUUUUUGUUGCUAACCCGAAACGAACUCCCAAAGUCAAUGAGACUUUGAUUAAGAAUAAAUCCAAUUUUCUUGAGUUUUUCAAAACGUUCGAUCUUGCUAGCUUUCAUGAUUCCAGUUUACUUGAGGAAAGAAAUUACAUCAUCAAGCAGAUUGAAGAGUUGCCUGAUAAAAAUGCACCUAACUAA